AUGACUUCCAACAACAACAUCGACAUUGAGAAGCUCCCCUCUGUUGACGGGGGUGAAGGAGAUAUUACGGCAGUGAAUGAGGUGAGAACUUCCAUCAACGACGACACCGAGAGAACUGAGUCACCUGAGAAUGUGACUUCGUCGUCUCACAAGGAAAAUUUGGACACUGUCCAGUUGGAAAAGCCUCUACCUGACGACUCGCCCAAGUCCUCUUCGGAAGCCCAAAUCAUUGAAGUCCCGUACACCUUAGACAAAGCAACUGAUCGUCGACUUCUCCGCAAGAUUGACAUGUACAUGAUGCCCAUCAUGAUGAUGAUUUAUGCGGUCCAGUACAUGGACAAGAGCACCAACAGUACGGCCUCUGUAAUGGGUCUACGAGACGAUCUCGGAAUGGAAGGAGACGACUACUCGUGGUCAGGAACGGCCUUUUACCUUGGCUAUCUCAUUUUCGAGUUCCCCUCGGUAUAUCUGCUGCAACAUUUCCCUCUGUCCAAGACUCUUUCUGGAUUCAUCAUCCUUUGGGGUAUUGUCUUGUGUCUUCACGCUGCGCCAAACUAUCCCGGCUUCAUUGCUCUGCGAACCAUUCUGGGUAUGCUAGAGUCCGCAGUGACCCCGGCCUUUGUAGUUUUGACUGCCCAGUGGUACAAACGAGAGGAACAGUUUCUGCGAACCGCCAUCUGGCUGGGAUCUAAUGGUCUAGGGCUUUUGGUGGGCUCUUUCAUGGCCUAUGGCCUGGCUGUGAACCAUCACGUGCCCAUUGCGGGGUGGAGACUCAUUUUCAUCAUCACUGGAGUUAUCACCAUCGUGGUGGGAAUCGUUUUCUCUGUCCAUGUCCCUGACGACCCUUCGAAGGCCUGGUUUCUGACCGAGGAAGAACGCAAGCUGGUGCUGAUUCGAAUCAGAGACAACCAGCAGGGCUUUGAAAACAAAAAGUUCAAAAAAGACCAGUUCUUCGAAGCCUUCAGAGAUUACCGAACCUGGAUCUACUUCUUCUUCUGUCUCUGCCAGAACAUUCCAAACGGAGGAAUCACGAACUUCAACACCAUCCUGUUCUCCGAGACUCUGGGACUCGGACCGGUCAGAGGACUGCUUCUGCAAACCCCCCAGGGAGCCACCGAGUUUGUGGGCUGUAUUCUGUUUGGAAUCAUUGCCCAAUACACUCAACAACGACUCAUUGUCAGCCUGGUAGCUCAAGCGAUAGCGUUCAUGGCCAUUUGUUUGCUGGCUUUUAUGCCCCACAACCAAUCAGCCGGUCUCGCCGGUCUCUACCUGCUCAUUCUUUACCCCCUGGGAUUCAUCUGUAUGCUCUCUUCUGUGGCCUCCAACACCGCGGGACACACUAAGAAAGUGACGGUUAACGCCAUUCUGCUGAUUGGAUACUGUGUAGGCAACAUUAUUGGACCCCAGACCUUCCGGGCCAAAGAUGCCCCCAUGUAUGUGCCUGCCAAGGUAUCGAUGGUGGUUCUCUUUUGUGUCGCCAUGGGUCUCAACGGCAUUCUGCUGUGGGUCAAUAUCGUUGAGAACCGGUGGAGAGAUAAGAACGAGCCGACACCCACCCCGGAGGAGUUGGAGCGGGUCCAAUUGAUGGAUUUGACAGAUAAGCAGAAUCGGUAUUUCCGAUAUGCUGUUUGA